UGCAUGGCUCGUGACGUUGCUGAGGAAACAUGGUCGCUUCCAUGAAGCCAACGCUUUCGGUCUAGUCCGGUUCGGUUCGAGUUGUCUGGAGGAUUUUGACGGAAACUUGUCCCAAACCUCUGGAGGGAGUGUACCGCUGCUGCUGCGGGGAUGAAGACUUUCUGCGGACGAGCAAACCCGACCACGGGAGCCCUGGACUGGGUGGAGGAGAGCGAGGAGUACGACUACCACCAGGAGAUCGCCAGGUCCUGUUACGCGGAUAUGUUGCAUGACCAUGACAGAAAUGAGAAGUACUACCAGGGCAUCCGGGCCGCGGUGGCCAGGGUCAGGGCUCGUGGUGAGAAGGUUGUUGUCCUGGACAUUGGCACGGGAACGGGCCUGCUGUCCAUGAUGGCUGUCACUGCUGGGGCUGACCUCUGCUACGCUGUGGAGGUGUUCAAACCCAUGGCUGAUGCAGCCCAGUGCAUUGUGGAGAAGAAUGGCUUCUCUGACAAGAUCAAGAUCAUCAACAAACACUCGACUGAGGUCACCGUCGGGCCGGAUGGAGACAUGCAGAUGAGAGCCAACGUCCUGGUCACAGAGCUCUUUGACACCGAGCUGAUAGGAGAGGGGGCCCUGCCCAGCUAUGAGCACGCUCACCACAAUCUGGUCCAGGAGGGGUGCGAGGCGGUGCCCCACCGGGCCACAGUCUACGCCCAGCUGGUGGAGUCGGACCUGCUGUGGAGCUGGGCGCAGCUGCAGCCCAUGGAUGUGGACGGGACCCGGCUGGUGCCGCCGCCCGCUGUGGGUCGCUGUGCCGGAGCCCAUUCAGUCUGCGACAUCCAGCUGAGCCAGGUGCCCGCCCACAGCUUCACGCCCCUGGGACCCCUCUGCACCAUGUUCAGCGUGGACUUCAGUAAGCCGGUGAGCAGCGCCUCCCAGUGCCACUCCGCUCGCUUCGCGGCUCAGUCCAGCGGCAGGGCCCAGGUGGUGCUCUCCUGGUGGGACAUCGACAUGGAUCCCGGCGGGACCAUCGUCUGCACCAUGGCUCCCAGCUGGACCUACCCACAGCCCGACAUGGCUCCUUGGCGUGACCACUGGAUGCAGAGCGUCUACUUCCUGCCUGUGGAGAGGAGGGUGACGGAGGGAGAGGAUCUGACUCUCACCGUCUGCCAUGAUGACUACAGCCUGUGGUUCAGCAUGCAGAAACACAGCCAACAGGACGCAGAGACUGAGGCUCCUCCUUGUCGGCCAUGUUGUACCUGCCAGGCCCACUUGGUCUGGACUCGGCCGCGGUUUGGUGAGCUCAACGACAGCCACCGUACGGAGAGCUACGUCAGCGCGUUACGGAGCGUUCUGAAAGCAGACAGCGUGUGCCUCGGGGUCAGCGACGGAAGCUUGCUGCCUGUUUUUGCUCACAUGCUUGGAGCCAAGAAGGUCUUCAGUCUGGAAAACUCCAGAAUGUCCAAACAGGUUAUUGAACAGGUGUUGGAGGCCAACUCCAUGACGGGAGGAGUCCAGCUGCUGGAGAUCAGGCCUGACCAGCUGACCAGCAGCGACCUGGGAGGAGAGCAGAUCUCGGUCCUGAUGGGCGAGCCUUACUUCAGCACCAGCCUCUUACCUUGGCACUCGCUGUUCUUCUGGUACUGCCGGACGGCACUGGCCGGCCUCCUGCAGCCCGGAGCCACCAUCCUGCCCUGCUCCGCCAGCCUCCACAUCGUGGCCGUGGAAUUCCAGGAUUUGUGGAGGAUACGGGCACCAUGUGGAACCUGUGAGGGCUUCGACGUCAGGCCUAUGGACGAGAUGGUCCAGAAGUCUCUGGAUUUCCGUGAGUCUCGCGAGGCGGAGCCCCACCCGCUGUGGGAGUACCCCUGCCGCGCCCUGACCCCGCCGACCGCCGCCAUGACCUUUGACUUCACACAGUGCGUCUCUCAACAGCCAAUCACCAGCCAGGGUUCGCUUCCCUUCACAAGGAGUGGCUGUUGCCAUGGCGUCGUGCUGUGGAUGGAGUACCAGCUUACAGAUGACAUCACUGUCAGCAUGGGUCUGAGCGGACCAAUCGGAGAGCAGGGGGAAUGCGAGUGGAAACGGCACAGGAAACAGGGAGUCUUCUUCUUCAGGUCGCCGUGGGAAAGUUCGGGCGACGGGAGAGCCUCGGUGUCCUACAGCCUCACCUUUGAGCCCAGUUUAGGAGACAUAAAGAUGGAGUUCACCGCCGAGUCGCUCUGAUCGGGAGCUGGACGGGCCACAGAGACGGGACGCUAACACCGGGACAUCAGGGCCCGCUACAUCUCUCUCUCUCUGGACUAUUGAUAUUUUAUGUCAGUAUCCCAUUGUUUUAAAUUUGACCUUUUUCAUUCCCUUAGGCUGGUAACUGCUCAUUUUCAGGGUGGAAAAGCCUCUUUAACACGGGACACUAAAACUCUCCGACUCCCAACAGGAUCCAUUCAGCUGAAGGGCUUCCCAAGGUCAACAAGUACAGAAUCGACUUAAUACUUUCUCACCCAAACAGCAUCACAUCAGAUACUGACAAUACUGUACUGCUUUAUGUUUGUAGUACAGUAUUGUCAGUACAGUAUUGUUUUAGUUAGUUAAAGCAACCUGUUGGGGUCAUUAGUUGUGCAAAAAGAGCUCCAGUUUCCUGUGAUCCUAAAAAUGACUAAGCUGAAUCUUGUCUGACUGAUUCUGAGACUGAACCAUUUCCUUCCUAAGAACUUUCAGUGUUUUGUUGUUACAGGAAUAUUUUGUAAGUUUUUAUAUUGUUGCUCUGUUUGAUAACGUUCUCUUUGACAAAAGAAGUGAUGAAGUCCAAUCCAAAGUUAUUUUGCCACGGUUGAAAACUGAUUUAAAGUUUGGUUCAGUUCAGUGAUGUGGCUGAGUUUGCAGUGCAGUUAUUCUAACACUGGAGUGGUGUGCUGACUCAAAUACUGUCAGAUGAUUGUAUUAUCAACAUAUAACCAAAAUAAAUAUAUGAACACAA